CCGUGCAGGGUGAAUACGUCUGUGUCUUUCUGACAAGUGUUACCGGCACGUUCUGCAAAUAUCAUAACUGAAAAAUGGAAUUUCUAUUAAUGUUUUGUCUUUGGAGCAUCUUUUGACAUUUUGAAAUACAUCUGCAACAAACCCAUGACACAAAGAGGAACGUCUGUGGAUGCAAACGCUCACUUUGUCAUGGAAAGGAAGGCUCAUUACGAUUCAAUCCUGGACCGAAGCAAGCGCAUCACUUGGCAGGAUGACUGCUAUGUGGACCUGCAGUCAACAUCAUCCUCUCUGUCCACACAAACAGAAACACAGGACCUCAGCUGGAUUCACAAGCAUCAAGACCAGAUGCGUAGAUUUACUACAACCUCCUUCCUAGAAGAAAUUUUAAAUCAUUUGAGGAUGGUGAAUCUAUUGAGUGCAGCUGAGGAGACCCAGGUUAAAGGAGCAGGCCACCUCCAAGACCAGGUCACUGCACUAACAACUGUUGCCACAAGCAAGGACAAUCAGACCGCCGAAGCUCUCAGAGGCUUCAUAGAGAACUCGGAAUCUCAGGUGGCCCAGCUCAUCAUCAAACAUGACACCAUGAUGAAGGGACACAAGGAGGUGCUGUUACAGCGGUAUGACCUCCGCAAAGACAAAGAUUUGUCCAGCUACCCGAAACUGAGCAUCUGUUCUCGACCUUUGCUGCUAGUCGAUGGACUCUCUGACCUCCAACAAAAGGAACAUGACCUGAUGCAGGUGGGAGCAACUCGCGGAAAGAAACGAAAUCACCUAAGGGAGCUGGGACUGGUUAAACUCUUUGAGCCACUGACCCGGGUCAGUUUGCCACCAAGGGUAUCUCUCACAUUUGGAGUGGCUGGAAUUGGCAAAACCACAUGUGUCCGACAUUUCAUCAAGCAGUGGAGCCAAGGAAGCCUCUGUACAGAUGUGAGCUUUGUGUUGCCGUACACUUUUUGUGAACUAAACUCACUUGAGAAGCUUUCAGCUGAGAGGCUAGUGAAGCUUGCAUUUCCUCAUUUAACUGACCCAGGUCUGGUCUUGGGUGGCUCUUGUAGGACACUGAUAAUACUAGAUGGUUUGGAUGAAUUCCACUUUACUCUAAAUUUCUCUGACGCAGCCGCCUGCAAUGACCCCAAGAAGGAAGUCUCCAUUGAUGAUUUGCUUACUAACAUAAUUCGGGGCAAUCUGCUCCCUGACGUUGCAUUGUGGGUGACUUCCAGACCGGGAGUGGCCUCGCUCAUCCCUGGAGGAUUGGUAGACAGGGUGACUGAGAUCCCAGGAUUGAGCCCUAAAGAGAUUCACACCUUCUUAAACCAUCGCAUCGCCGAGAAGGAUUUGUCACUCAAUUUGGCGCACUUGGAAUUCAAUAAGAUGUUAAUGGUGAUGUGUUACAUCCCGUGUAUUUGCUCGAUCGUAGCUGAUACUCUUGUGUACAUCAUACAGGGUGGAAUGCAGGACAGUCUUCCAAAGACUUGUACUGAGCUCUAUGCACAGUUUUGCUGUAUGAAGGCAGAAGUUGGCGAACCAAGAGGCAGGGAGCCUGUAAAAAUGGAACAACUCCAUGGGAACAAUCGAAAACUCCUUGGAAAUCUUGGACGUUUGGCAUUUUAUGGACUUCUCAAGCACAAGUACACAUUUAGUGAGCAAGAUCUUAGGGCCUACGGAAUGGAUAUACUGGUUACUCAGAGCAGUCUCGGUGCAGGAGUUCUUGCUCGUGAGGAGUCAACCAUAUGUACCACAUACCGUUUUGUUCAUUUGACUGUGCAGGAAUUUCUUGCAGCUACAUUCUACUAUGUCUCCUCCAAGCGAGCCAUUUUUGAUUUGUUCUCAGAGAGCGCCAUGUCUUGGCCCAAGAUCGGUUUCCAGAACCACAUUAGGAGCGCAUUCCAGCACUCCCAACAAGCCAAAGACGGUCACUUGGAUGUGUUUGUGCGCUUCUUGACUGGUUUGCUGUCUUCAGUAGCCCUCAAACCCCUCACCGGGCUUUUGGCCAUAGGCAAAGAUGACGGUAACCAGAAGGCAUGGGCAGCAGGAUUUUUGCAGGGGCUGUUGGUUAAUGGAGGUUCUGUGGUUUCCCUGCGUGCAGUCAACCUAGCUUAUUGUUUGCAAGAGCUCCAACACACAGAUCCCCUCCGCGGCGUAGAGGACGACUUACGGCUCGGUAGCCUAUCGGGGAAGUUGACACGUUCUCACUGUGUGGUACUGGCCUAUCUGCUGCACGUGUCUCCAGAGUGCAAUGACGAGACGAACCUUUCCGCUUCUCUCAACUACACCGCCGUCAUGUUGCUGCCUCAGCUGCUGUACUGCAGCCAUCUAAGGUUGGAGAAUAAUCACUUCAAGGACGAGGUUAUGGAGUUGCUAGGAAGCCUACUGAGUGCCAAAGAUUGCCAUAUCCAGAAAAUAAACUUAGCGGAAAACGCCAUCAGUAACAAAGGUGCCAAAGCCCUGAGUCGAGCCCUGUUGGACAGGACCCUCACAUCUCUCAAUCUCCAGAACAACAACAUUGGUUCCAAAGGUGCAAAAUUCCUGGCAGAAGCUCUCAAAAUGAACCAGGUGUUGGUUUCAAUCAACUUCCAGAACAAUGCCAUCGAGGAGGACGGAGCUCAGGCUCUCGCAGAGGUGUUGCAGUGCAAUGGCAAGCUCGCAUCUCUGAAUGUACGAAAGAAUUUGAUUCGAGCGGAUGGAGCCAAAAGGAUUGCUGAAGCUCUGAAGACCAACCGGACCCUCACAAAGCUGGUACUUUGCAGUAACCAGCUCGGGGACAAAGGAACAGUUGCUCUGGCGGAGGCUUUGACAGUUAAUCACACGCUGCUGUCACUGCAACUUCAGAGUAACUCGAUCAGCAACAGGGGGAUGACGGCCUUAACCAAAGCACUUCGGCACAACCGAGGUCUUGUCUGCUUGAAUUUACGGGAGAACUCUAUUGGCAUUGAGGGGGCGAAGCACAUGGCCUCCGCCCUCCAUGAGAACAACUCCCUGCAGGACCUCGAUCUCACAGCCAACCUACUACACGAUGAAGGUGUUCAAGCGAUUGCCAGAGCGGUUAAGGCUAAUAAAGGUCUCACGUCUCUGCAUCUUCAAUGGAAUUUUGUCAAGUCCUCUGCAGCUAAAAUUCUGGCUGAUGCACUGUGCUGCAAUGCCACGAUGCAGCUCUUAGAUCUGCAGGAGAAUGCAAUUGGAAAUGAAGGUGUCACUUAUCUUGCAGAAGCACUAAAAACCAAUGCAUCUCUCCGUACUUUAUGUCUGCAAGGUGUGUCAGCGGGUACAAAAGGCACCAUUGCAAUAGCAGAGGCUCUGAUGAGCAACCAAACCCUGCAAACUUUAGAUCUACGUGGGAAUGCUGCAGGAAUGGAGGGAGCUAAAGCUUUGGCUUAUGCCUUGAAAAGUAACAGAAGUCUCAAGUCCUUGAAUCUUCAGGAGAACUCCCUGGGAAUGGACGGCGCUAUAUUCAUCGCAACAGCCUUGAAAGGAAAUCACCAGCUGACAUACAUCAAUUUGCAGGGAAAUGGAAUUGGAGAAUCUGGGGCAAAGGUCAUAUCUGAUGCCAUAAGGGCCAACUCUUCAGGAUGUGUGGUGGACAUUUGAUCCUUGAAACAGCGUUUCUCCAUCUGAUGAUUGUAUAAUAAAAACUGUAAAAUAUGACAUUUAAUUUAACUUUAAAUUCGUUAAAAAUGUCCAGCUGUCUUACUUUUAUAUUAAUUCUGACUAUAAAAAUUGUUUGCCUCAAAUCAUAAAAUGUUUAAUGUAAAUAUUUUAUGGCAGAUAUAAGUCUAAUCUUAAUUUUUGUGAACUUUAAAGCAACUCUGCACACUCAUUCACUUCUCUCUUCUAUUUAAGUCCAACUGAGGAAUAAAAUGAAUAAAACUUCUUACU